GGCCCAUCACAGCCAUCAUUUGUUGUUUUUAAAGUUAUACAUGAGAAUUUCAAAACAGCCAUAGUGACUGAAGAGAAGAGGCUUAUACACGCUUUACAAACAUGAAGCUCAACAUCGAUGGUCUGUUGGUGUAUUUUCCAUAUGACUACAUAUAUCCUGAGCAGUACUCUUACAUGCUGGAGCUGAAGAGGACUUUGGAUGCUAAGGGUCAUGGAGUCCUGGAGAUGCCUUCAGGGACAGGGAAGACUAUCUCUCUGCUGUCUCUCAUUGUUGCCUACCAAAAGGCCUUUCCUUUGGAAGUGACCAAGCUGAUAUACUGCUCCAGGACUGUUCCAGAGAUUGAAAAGGUCGUGGAGGAGCUGCGGAAGUUGAUGGAGUAUUAUUCCAAGCAAACUGGUGAAAGCAACAACUUCCUGGCUCUGGCCCUCUCCUCCAGAAAGAACCUGUGUAUCCACCCUGAGGUGAGUGCUCUGCGCUUCGGCAAAGAGGUUGAUGGGAAGUGCCACACCCUGACAGCCUCGUAUAUCCGUGCCCAACGCCACAGCGACUCCAGCGUGCCUGUGUGCCGCUUCUACGAGGACUUUGAUGCCGUCGGCCGACAGGUGCCUCUUCCUGCAGGCAUCUACAACCUGGACGACCUGAAGGACUUUGGGAGGAGGAAAGGAUGGUGUCCUUAUUAUCUGGCACGCUACUCGCUCCUGCACGCUAACAUCGUGGUGUACAGCUACCACUACCUGCUGGACCCGAAGAUCGCUGACCUGGUGUCCAAAGAGCUGUCCAAGAACUCUGUGGUUGUGUUUGAUGAGGCUCACAACAUAGACAAUGUGUGCAUAGACUCCAUGAGUGUGAACAUCUCCAGACGGACUCUGGACCGCUGCCAGGCCAAUGUGGACACUUUGCAGAACACCAUCCAGAAUAUAAAGGAGACAGACGCUAAUAAAUUGAACAUGGAGUACAGGCGGCUGGUGGAAGGGCUGAAAGAAGCCAAUGUUGCCAGGGAAACGGACGUCUACCUCGCCAAUCCUGUGUUACCAGAUGAAAUCCUACAAGAGGCCGUCCCUGGGUCUAUCCGCACAGCAGAGCACUUUGUCCGUUUCCUAAAACGUUUUCUGGAGUAUCUGAAGUCCCGUCUCAGGGUCCAUCAUGUGGUGCAGGAGAGCACCCCGCAGUUCCUCAAAGACAUCUUCGACAAAGUCUGCAUCGACCGCAAGCCCCUCAGGUUCUGUGCAGAGCGGUUACAGUCGCUGCUCCGGACCCUGGAGAUCGCAGACAUCGCAGACUUCUCAGCUAUUACUCUCAUCUCCAACUUUGCUACCCUAGUCAGCACCUACAGCCAAGGUUUCACCAUCAUCAUUGAGCCCUUUGAAGACAGAACUCCCACCAUCGCUAACCCCGUGCUGCACUUCAGCUGUAUGGACCCGUCUAUCGCCAUCAAACCAGUGUUCCAGAGGUUUCAGUCGGUCAUCAUCACCUCUGGGACUCUCUCUCCUCUGGACAUCUAUCCCAAAAUCCUCGACUUCCGCCCUGUUACCAUGGCAUCCUUCACCAUGACACUGGCCAGGACCUGCCUCUGUCCUCUGAUUGUUGGCAGGGGGAACGAUCAGGUGGCCCUGAGCUCAAAGUUUGAGACCAGAGAAGACUUCGCUGUGAUUCGUAACUAUGGCAACCUACUCCUUGAGAUGUCUGCGGUCGUUCCCGAUGGCAUCGUGGCAUUUUUCACCAGCUACGUCUACAUGGAGAAUAUCGUGGCGUCGUGGUAUGAACAGGGGAUCCUGGAGAACAUCCAGAGGAACAAGCUGAUCUUCAUCGAGACUCCGGACGCUGCAGAGACCAGCAUGGCUCUGGAAAAAUACCAGGAGGCCUGUGAGAACGGCAGAGGAGCCAUCCUGCUGUCUGUGGCCAGAGGAAAGGUGUCUGAGGGAAUAGACUUUGUGCACCAUUUUGGGCGUGCAGUCAUCAUGUUCGGGGUGCCGUAUGUUUACACACAGAGCCGCAUCCUGAAGGCCCGGCUUGAGUACCUCCGGGAUCAAUUCCAGGUCAGAGAGAAUGACUUCCUGACGUUCGAUGCCAUGCGUCACGCAGCCCAGUGUGUGGGCCGAGUCAUCAGAGGCAAGACCGACUACGGACUCAUGAUCUUUGCUGACAAGCGGUACGCACGAGCAGACAAACGUGGGAAGCUGCCUCGCUGGAUCCAGGAGCACAUCACCGACGGCAGUCUGAACCUCACUGUGGACGAGGCCGUGCAGCUCUCCAAACACUUCCUGAGGCAGAUGGCCCAGCCGUUCAGACAGGAGGACCAGCUGGGUCUCUCUCUGCUGACUCUGGAGCAGCUGGAGUCUGAGGAGAUGCUGAAAAAGAUCAGUCAGAUCGCUCAUCAGAGCUGAGAGUUGCAUAUAUGCAGUGGAUAAUGUCAUCACCGUGGCAACACCCAUAAUGGGAUCAGCAGUAUUUACAAUGGCAUCCUGAAAAGCAGAGAAAUAAAACGAUUGUUUUGUAACUAUGCAGCAGAGGCAACACAGGUUGUUAUGGGUUCACUACAUCAGGACAUUCAGACUAAGGGUCAGGAAAUCAGCUCAUCACUAAACAAAAGAAAAAUAAAUAGGAUGGAGUGUUUGUCUUUUAUACAAACGUAACACAUUUAGUGAGAUUCAGGAUUUUUGAUGUCUAAACAUCAUUAGUAGGUCAACACGUUUCUUUAACUACAAAUCAAGAUUCCUCUGGGUGUCACUGCGGUCAUAAAGCGUCUGUCAUACAGACAGAACUACUGUUAGUUUCCUCUAACUGUACAGUCCCAUUUUUUACUGAACAUGAAUAUUUGUAUCUGUUUUCCACCAGGAUGUCGGAAAAUAAAUGUUUGUAUCUAA